GGAGCACCAAUUCUGUUGUAUAUUACUUUUUUUUCCUUGCGUCGUGAUAUAGACCUAGACAGCUAGACGGCGGUGUGAUUUAAAAAUGCAAGAUUUAUAGACUUUCCGAGAUUUCUACAUAUCAAUUUUACAACUCUCUUUUCGUACCCAAGUACAUAACUCAUAAACAACGUAACCCACGUUAAACUCACGUUGAACUACCUACCCGGGCUCCCUCCCGACUCUUCCUCGCUUCCGAGUCUCCAAUGGCGACGGCACGCCUCCUCCCACGCCCACCGCGCCUGCUCUCCACCCUACGAACACACCCGCACCCUCCCCGGCGCACCUUCAUCUCCAUCCCCGACCCCACCAAGCCGCAAAUCCUAACCGCCUCGCGCCGCCUCCCCUACGACCACGAGCGCCUCUACGACAUCAUCGCCGACGUCGACUCCUACGUGCGCUUCCUACCAUACUGCAAAGUCUCGCGCGUGACACGGUGGACCGACCCAACACCUCCCUCAUCUCCCGGAAACCAGCACACCACUACCACCCCCCACCCCACCCGCCGCUGGCCCACCCAAGCCGACCUAACCGCCGGCUGGGGCGGUUUCGAAGAGACCUACACGAGCCGGCUAUUCUGCGUGCCCACCCUCGGCAUCGUCGAAGCCAUAAGCGGCGACGCGCGGACCGAGAUCCCCGUUCCCGAGCUGCGCAGACACGGCCUAACAGACCCCGGGCCGGAUAUCGGCAGUCGCGGCGUAUUCAAGAGCCUAGUAACACGAUGGACGGUCCUCCCGGCCCGCGACGCGGUCCGCGAAGACCGCUUCCAGCACGGCUGGAGCGACGUCCGGCUCACGAUAAAGUACCAGUUCGCGAACCCUUUGUACACGGCCGUGAGCUCGGCUGUUGCGGAUAAGGUCGCGGGGGUUAUGGUGGAGGCGUUUGUGCAGCAGGCGCAGAGGGUGUUGAAGGAGACUAGGAAUGAUCCGGGGGUCGUGCGGUGAGGGAUUGGAUUUUUGUUAUGUCCCGAACCGCGCUUAUUAAUGCCAUGUAAUAAUGUACCAUACUCCUAUCACUCACAGAAGACCGCGAAUCAGUUCUCUGCUGAGCAACUCUCCCUAUAGGGUCCGCUGGCGUUGACUGAUUUGUCUAUAUAGACCUUACCUAUGUACACUAUCUUAAAAUUAGACGGUCAAAAUCAUAAUAAAUCUUCACAUCAACCGAAG